CCACCUGAGCUGCGGUUCUGCUCUGAAAGCUGAAGCGCAGCAGCAGCUACAGCGGUCCGACAUGGAGAGGAAGACCCCCCCCAGAAAAACUCUCAGGACUCUGUUCUCCAGAACCGAUCCUGAUCAGGUUCUGGACGGGUCUGCGCAGAAGGAGGACAGGAAAAGGUUCAAGUUCCCAAAGUUGAAGAUAAAGUCGAGGAAGGAGGCUGAGGCUCUGCAGGAGGUCAGGGCUGCGGAGUGCAGGACGGGUCCAGAGGACGGACAGGCCCACAGAAUCGUCUCUGUGAAGAAGUCUUCUUCUGUCUUUGCUGUGGAGUUCAGAGGAAAGGCCAAAGAGUUCAGCUACUCCGAAUUGGACCUCAGAAAACCCAAACGUUUCGCUACGUUCUCCUUCGGUCUGAGGAGGAGGAAGAGGAGGGAUGAGGAGAACCUGUCAAAGAGCGCCUUUGGCCUGCACAGCUCCAGCACCGACAUGCAGGAGGAGACUCCCGUCUCCUGUCUGGACCUGGAUCAGACCCGCAGGAAGGUGCAGCUCAGUUUGUCUCAGCCUGAGCUGGACACCAGCGGGACGUUUGACAUCCCGUCUCCUCCUCCUCCCUCCUCUAACCGAUCCCAGGCGUCCUCCUCUGUCUCUAUCGGAUCGCCCUUCACCUCACAGAACGGCUCCGAAUCAGAGGGAACGCCAAGAGCUCCCAUCGCCUCCAUCCCAGAGCUUCAGCUGGAGGACACUGCGUCUUCAGAAGAACCGGAGAACCUACCUGGUCCUGCUGAUCAAAUGCAGACCUCCUCAGAUGUUCCCAGGCAGGCAGAACUGGUCCUCCAGAACUGCAGCCCCAACAUUUCUGCUCCUCCUCAGAGUCCCGGUUCUCCGAGACCCCGGGAACAUCAUGGCGGUUCGGUUCCUUCCCACCCGCAGACCGUGGUUCUGACUCCAGCUGUCUGUGAGGAGCAGAGGCAGAACUCUGCUGCUCCUCAGAGUGAAGCUCCAGAACCUCCUAAGGAGCUUCUGAUCCCUGAAUCGGAGCCCGGCUCCUCCGUCUGCAGCAGACGGACCUCAGCAGAGGGUUCAGUCUCCCUGACCUCAGCGGGCGCCUCUGAACCGCGCCGUCCUUCCAGCAGCCAGGAUCCCGUGUUUGGACCUUUUUAUGAGGUCACUUCCUUCCUGCUACAACCUGCAGCUCUGAGCCCAAACGGACUUCCUGCCUCCCAGGCAGAACCGGUUCUGGAGCAGAACUCCUCUAAGCAUCCCACCUGCCUAGACUCCCCUGCAGGUUAUCCCGGUUCUGGUGAAAGCGGUGCGAGCUGUGCUCCCCAGGUCCAGGUCCGGGGGUGGUCCUCAGAACCGACCGCUUCCUGUUCGCACAGCAGAGGCCUUGUUCCGGACCCGGUGGCCUCUCCUGUUUCAGGAAGGUCUCUGGGGACGGGCUCUCGGGUUUCCUGCAGUAAGCGGCGGGUGGUUCUGGUCAGGCAGUCCUUCGCCGCCGACUCCUCGCCUGCGGAGCUCGGAAUGAACUUCCAGGAAAUGAUCUCCCAGAGUUUCUGUGAGCCUCCUGGAUGGACGGACGGUUCGGACAGAACUCUGAGUCCGGCCUACCUGAGCUUAGGAUCAGACGAAGGCAGCGCCACCGAGGUUUACUACAGCGCUCCAGAGGAGGAGGAGGAGGAGGAGGAGGAGGGAGCGCAGCAGCCUGGGGGGGGGCUGACUGCUGGGACACUGAGGGGGGGGGGCUGACACUUCUGAAGGAGGGGGGUCAGAA